UUGACAAUAAUGUAAUAAUGUUAAUAAAAUUAAUUAAUGAAAAAUAUAGUGAAAUUGAAAAUUAUCAACAAAAUCAAGAAGAAUUACAUAAAACAUAUAUCACAAAUCUUGAAUCACAAUUUUAUCAAAACACAGAAAAUCUUAAACAACAAAUUUUUCAACAAUUAACAAAAAACGAAACAUAUGGAAAAUCAUUGUUUGAAUUGAUUUCAAAUUUAAAAACAAGUACAAAUGAUAGUUUGAAAAAAAUUGAAAAUGAAUCAAUAAAUAAUUUACAUAUAUUAAUUAACAAUAAACACAUUGAUAUUAGGGCAGAAUUAAAAAUUCAAUAUGAAUCAUUUCAAAAUAAAUGUCAUUCUCUUGAUAAAGAAUUUUCGAAAAAAUUAAAUGAACUCGAAAAUAAAUUUUCUGAUCAACUAAUAACAAUUAAUAAUCUUGAAAAAAAUCAACAAACAUUUAACAAACAAAUUGUUAAUUUAGAGGAAAAAUUGGAAAAUAUUUUUGAAAAAUUUAAUGAAAAAUUAGAAAAUAAUGCAUCUCUUUUAACAAGAUUAUUCGAUGAUAAAUAUAAAACACUUAAAAAUCAACAAGAAAGUAUAGAAAAUUCAUUUUUUAACAACAAUAACGAAAUGGAAAAAAAAUUCAUUCAAAUAAAUGAAGAACUAAAAAAUAAUUCUCAACAAAUUGUCGAUAAUGACAUUAAUCAAAAAACCAUUAUCACUGAACAAAUUUCAAAUUUAAAUAAAGUUUUAUCAAAAAUAGCCGAAAAUCAUCAACAAAAGGAAAAAUUGUCCUUGGAAAUAAUCAACAAACUUAAAAUAGAAAUAUCACAGAUAAAUGAAGAUUUCCAAAAAUUAAAUAAAAGUGAAAAUCAUUUACACAAUGUACUUUCUAGACAGCGAACGGAAAUUUGUAGUCUUGAAGAAAAUCAAAAGUUAAUUGAAAAAAAUUUUGAGGAAAAAAUGAAAAAUAAUAAUCAACAAUUUUUUGAAACACAAGAAAAUAAUUUAAUUAUAAUAAAUAAAAGAAUAGACGAUAAAUGUAGUAAAAUAUCAAAGGAUUGUCAAGAAAAAGAAAAAUUUUCUAUUGAAAAAAUUAGAAAUUUUAAUGUGAAAAUUUUAGAAAUCAUUGAAAAUAUCGAAAAAUUAGAUAAAAAUAAAGAUCAAUUACAUGAAGCAUUUUUUGAGCAAUUUAUGAAAAUUAAAACUCUUGAAAAUAAUUUUAAACUUUUUUCCGAAGAAAAUUUUAAUUUCAAGAAAUCAAUUGAAAAUGAGAUGAAAAAAUCAAAUGUUACGUUGAAACAAUAAUAAUAAAAUGGCACUUUAUCGAUAACUAAAUAGCAUACCAACGUUAAGGUCUCCUUCUCGUUUUCAAACGAUAAAAUUUGAAAUACGAGCUGAGCAACGAGAGUCUUUCUGUAGGAUGUCUGGGUCAUAACUUCGUACACCCUGCUGCCUCGAAAAAGUUACUUCAACACUAUGAAAGGAAUCUUUCGUUGAAAAAAGGCCAAGUGACGCACUUGAAUGUUCAUUUUUUUUUCUCAACCAUUUCAUAGAAACUUUUUCAAAAAUUUUCAACACAAUCUAAUAAAUAUUCGAAUAAUUUUUGAUAUAACUAAAUUUUAUUUCAUAAAGAAUUUUUAAUUAUUUUUAAUUAAUUUUAAUUAACUUUAAUUUAUUUCAAUUAACUGUAAUUAAUUUUUAAUUUAAUAGAGAAAUUAUUUUUUGCCCCCCCCCCCAAAAAAAUGAAUUAUUAUAUGUAUUAUAAAAUAAAUAAUUUAUAAUCAAAAGGAAAAAUAUAAAAUUACUGUUAAUUAUUAUAUACGGAAAAAUAAGAUUUACCUAAAACAGGGAAAGGUUUCACUAAAAUAGGCAAAAAAAAUUUAAUUGAUUCAAUUAAAUCUUUUGCUAUUUUCAAGUAUAUAAAAUCUUUUCAUUUUCCUGCGAUGAAUUUUUUUUCCCAUGUAUAAAAAAACGUGGAAUCGAAUUAUGAGAAGAAAAAAAAAUGAUAAAAAUAAUAUUUUAAUUAUAAUAAUAGAGAAGAUAAUGCGCGAGAAGAUUAAUUGUAAUUUUCCACAAGAUUUUUAACGCAAAUCUCUUUACCGAACAUAAUGCAUUGCGAAGGAUGACACCGUUAUCACGAGAUCUUUAAUUCCAACCGCGAGAUUUCUGUUGAGGGGUACUUUCAUAGCAGCAUCCCAAAACCGCGUCGUCAUUUGUCCGUUGCAUCGUACUGAGAAUCAGUGAAUGUGUAUGACUCUUAUACGGACAUUCUCAAUGAGAAUUGUAUACAUAUAUAGGGGGAGAGUGGAAUAUAAUAUAUAUAUAUAUACAAGAGAAAAGGGAAGAGGACGGGCUGGAAAUUGCCUUCGCUGAUUUCAUUUCGUGGUAGAUUAUUUUAAGGGGACCAUAGCUUUUUCCCCGUAUGAUUAAUGCGAUUUUUGAGAGGGUGCUCUCUCCGACGAAAUACCCGCGAGGCGGAUAGCGAAUCCAAUUUAAUUUCUGCGUGCCGCAUCGUCCGAUAGACACUAACUAACGCAGAGAGCGAGAGAGAGAGAGAGAUGCGACCCUUUACGAUCCUCUAAAAGCGAUCAGACUCUUUAUUUCUUUCUUUUUUUGUCUCCAUUUUUUGCUCUCUCUCUCUCUCUCUCUCUCUCUCUCUCUCUCUCUCUCUCUCUCUCUCUCUCUCUCUCUCUCUCUCUCUCUCUCUCUCUCUCUCUCUCUCUCUCUCUCUCUCUCUCUCUCUCUCUCUCUCUCUCUCUCUCUCUAUUUUUUGUCUCUCUCUCUCUCUCUCUCUCUUUCUUGGUAAAUUUAACUUUGACCUCUCACUCUAUAAAAUCUGUUGCUCAAAAUGGUAUAUAAAAUAUCGAGUUAAGUUUCGUAUUAUAUAUUACAUCACUAAUCAAUCAAAAAAUUGUGAUUAAAUUUACUCCUUCGUUUGAAUAUCGUUUCAUGUGAAAAACAUUUUUGCAAUAAAAUUUCAAUUAUAUUUUUAAAACUGAUAAUAACAUAUUUAAUCGAAAAAUUCAAUUCAAUAUUUCUUGUCUGACUAAA